AAGAAGAGCAAUUUGUACGAGUACACAACACAAACAACCAUUUUAUUGGAUUGCGUGGAAGACGCAACAGAGCCGGAAAGAGAGCUGACAGAUGUGCUCGGUCGGAUGCUUUGUGACGGAACAUGGAUAGUAACAACAAGGCUACAAUUUGAGCGGCACGGUUAUACAGGUGUAACUGCCAGCAAAGCACUUGAAGUUGGAGGGAAAUUUUGAAUCAAUGUCUAGCAAAAUAAUAAAAAAAUUAUUUACGUAACCUUUUAUAAAAUUUACGUUACAGGCUUUAUCAAAAUGUCGAUCUUUCGACAAAAAUCAGUAUUAAUUUAUUUUGGAAGUUUUUUGCCAAAUUACUAAAAGGUGAGUAGGGGGAAUUUCAAAGUGAUCAUUUUGCAGUCAGACUAGGGAGGGGGGGGGGGGGUGGUGAUAAUUAUAACAAAAUAAUUUCACGUGACCUUUUCUUAUCAAAAGAAAACUUCCAAAAGGGGGAAUUCGAAAAAUAAAUCAAUAAUAAUUCUCCGACAAAUUACUAAAAGGUAUGUAAGGGCAGACUUUUCUUUUAGCCUAAACAGUUGUGUUAACCAAAUGUUAAUGUAAUGGCUUGAAAUUUGUAUCUAAUUCAAUUCACAUUUACAGUAACUCAAAUAAAAUGGGCGACUUGAUCCAGCUAAGUGUCGGUACAAAAGUAAAAAAGUGGCAAAUUGAUAAGAAACUCGGAGAGGGUGCAUUUGGUGCAGUCUACAAGUGUUCCAACCCGAAAGGAGACCUUUUUGCACUUAAAGUCGAGGGAAAAGACGAGAAAAUUCAGUUGUUGAAAAUGGAAGUCUACGUGUUGAAUGAGUUGAAGAAGGCCGGAGGACGUCAUUUCUGUAAUAUCGAGGAUAAGGGACAAGUCGAUAAUUUCAAUUAUGUCGUGAUGACAUUUGUUGGGUUGUCACUUGCCGAUUUGAGAGCCAUUUCACCAACUAAGAAAUUCUCAAUGGGAACCGCUAUCUCCAUUGCCCGUCAAUCGCUGGAGGCACUCGAGGACAUGCACAACAUUGGAUAUCUCCAUCGUGACGUCAAACCUGGCAACUACACAAUCGGACGUGCCGAGGUCAAUGAGCUUCGCAAAGUUUAUGUGCUGGAUUUCGGUAUGGCUCGUAAAUUUGCUCACGAGGAUGGAACUAUCAAGAAGCCCCGUAACGUCGCCGGGUUCCGUGGGACUGUCAAGUAUGCGCCUGUCAGUUGUCAUGCUGGACGUGAACUCUGUCGUCAGGAUGAUUGCGAAACGUGGCUUUACAUGGUGGUUGAGCUCACUAAAGGGUCCCUGCCAUGGCGUAAUAUGACAGAAAUCCAGGAUGUUGGAAAUGAGAAGCGUGCUAUUCGCCGUGAUCCCAUCGUCAAGAAGAAGAUGUUCGGAGGCUGUCCACGUGAGUACCUUGACAUUCUCGAAGCGAUCGAUAAGGGACAAUUCUUUGAUGAGCCGAACUAUGAACGGAUCUACUAUCUUUUGAGAGAGGCAAUGAAGAAUACGGGAUCCACUGAAUAUCCGUAUGAUUGGGAGCAAUCUCUUAUGAAGAAAACGAAGGAAGAACAGGAAAAGAAGAAGAAAGGAGUUGUAGAUCAAACAGAAAAGGUUAUCAAGAAAAAAGAAGUUGAGUUGGCAGAGGGAAAAUCUCAUAAGGAGACUAAGGAGGUUACCAAAGUCAGUAAGGAAAUUGUUGAGGAAAAGAAGGAAGAGAAGAAAGAGGAGAAAAAGGAAGAGAAAAAGGAAAAGUAUGAAGACGAUAAGAAGGAGGAGUUGUAUUGAUUGACUUUCGAGAAAAAUAAAUUAUUUUUGAAUG